AGCAAAUGCAGAAGCUAACUAGCUGUCUUCUUCAGACCUCAUUCUUCGUCGAGCUACAAAUCAAGCUCAAUCAAAAAUGGCAGUUCUAAGAAAGAUCACUCUCAGAUAUCUCGAAGAAUGUUCUUCCCGUCAUCAUACAAGGUACUCAAACAUGGCUUCUCAACCCUUUCUCCUAUCUUUAGCUACUAUUACUCCACCUUAUCUUCCUUGUCAAAAACCCUAGUGGUAGAUCAAAUUUCCAAUGCUUUUCGCCAGCAAAACCCCAGACUAUUGGACGGAGCUUCUCUUUCCACGCUUCGUCCCCGCGACGUCGAGGCCGUCCUACUUAGCCUUUGCUCGGACCCUGGUUCCGCGCUCCGGUUCUUCCAAUGGGCGGAGCAUUAUCUGGGGUUUCGUCACAGUGUUCAGUCGUUCUGUGGGCUUGCCCAUGUGUUGCUUUAUCACCGAAUGUUCGGUCCCGCAGAGCGUGUUUUUGGAAGAAUGGCUGGGAAGUUUACGAGUCUGGAAAUACUGGGCGAGUUCUAUAAAGGGUUCCGGAGUUUCGGUUCCAAUUUGAGCGUUGUUUGUAGUUUUGCUGCGGAAAGUUACUGUAGAAUUGGGAUGUUUGACCGGUCUCUGGAGACUUUGUGUUGGACGUCUAAAAUGGGCGUUGCGCUUUCUCCUUGUGCCGUGUCGAGAAUGUUGAGUUUUCUGGUUGAUUUGAAUCGCACUGAUGUCAUUUUGGAUAUUUGUGAAGCAAUUUGUCGAGGGGGAAGGGAACAGUGGGUUGGAUGCAUUAGUGUGUAUGGUUUUGUCAUGGAUGGUUAUCUUAAGAAGUGGGAGGUUAAGAACAGCUUGGAUUUUCAUAGGAAGAUGAUUGAGAGAGGCUUUGAGCCUGAUAUUGUUACUUGUAAUAAGAUAAUAAACAGUCUCUGCAAGGGGGAUCAGAUAAGAGUCGCUUCUGAGUUCUUCUCCAUGAUCCUCAUGGUGGGUCCAAAGCCAAAUUUGGUGACUUUUAGCACUUUGAUUAAUGCUUACAGUAAGGAGGGGAGACUUGGAGAGGCAAUUAACCUUUAUAAUCUAAUGAGAGAGAGGGAUAUAACUCCUGACUUAAUUAUUUUUAGUAUACUUAUUGAUGGUCUUUUCAGGGUGGGGAAAUUUGAGGAAGGCCAUGGUUUUCUUUUGGUGGCAUUGGAUAGAGGUCAUAAGUUGGAUGUGGUUAUUUUUAGCUCAAUUAUGGAUGCUUAUGUGAAAAAUGGAGAUUUAGGGAGGGCUACUAUGGUAUAUACAAGAAUGCAGAGGGAAGGGAUGCUGCCAAAUGUGGUUACUUACACCAUUCUUAUAAAUGGGCUAUGCCAAAAUGAUCGGAUCUUGGAGGCUUGUGGGGUCUUUGGUCAAAUAGUGAAACAUGGUUUGGAGCCAUCAAUUUUAACAUAUAGCAGUCUUAUUAAUGGCUUUAGCAAGUCUGGAUUUUUGAGAGAUGGGUUUUCCCUGUAUGAAUGUAUGAUAGAAAGGGGAAUUGUUCCUGAUAUUGUUGUUUAUAGUGUGCUCAUAAAUGGACUUAGCAAACAAGGGCGAGUGAAUGAUGCUCUUAGGUUUUUCUUGAAGGCUUUGAAAUGGGGUUUAAAACCCAAUAUAUAUACCUUUAACACCUUAAUUGAUGGAUGGUUUAGAUUGCAACAAACUAGGAAUGCCAUGAAGCUAUAUGUCCAAAUGGCUGUGUAUAAAAUAAUACCAGACGUUGUAACAUAUACGGUGCUUGUUAGAGGGAUUUCUGAUCAAGGAAGAUUAGACCUUGCCUUGGUCCUUUUCUACCAAAUGCUGAAGAAAGGUUUCACUCCAGAUUGUGUAACUUAUUGCAUUCUCAUAGAUGGAUUCUGCAAACAGAACAAUCUAGGUGCUGGAUUACGUAUUUUUGAGCUUAUGAUUAGGAAUGGAUUGGUACCUGAUAUUUCCAUAUAUAAUGUUCUCAUUAAUAUGCUUUUCAAAGAAGGUUGUUCUGAAGUUGCAGUACAGCUAUUCAGGCAAGUUGUCGAGUGUGGGCCUAAACCUGAUAUUGUGACGUACAAUACCAUGAUCUGUGGAUACAGCUCUCUGAAAAUGUUGAAUGAGGCAGUGGAACUAUAUGAAGAAUUGACACGUGCACAACUCAAGCCCAGUUUGAUUACAUAUACUAUACUGAUUGAUGCUUUCUGUAAAGAAGGUAGAAUGGAUGUUGCAACAAAUAUAUUCGCUGCAAUGCUGGAAAAGGGCCCUGAAUCUAAUGUGGUCACCUAUAGUUGCGUAAUUGAUGGCUACUUCAAAUAUCAAAAUAUGGAAAAUGCAUUCAAACUUUAUGAAGAGAUGCUGGUGAACAACAUUUCUCCCAACAUAGUUAGUUACAGCAUCCUCAUUGAUGGUCUUUGCAAAAUGGGAAAAAUGGAGGAAGCAUCAAUUGCCUUUCACUGUGCUAUAGAUCGGGGCUUAUUGCCUGAUGUUGUGGCAUAUGGAAUUCUGAUUCGUGGCUACUGCAAGACUGGAAGAUUUACUGAAGCCUUGACAUUGUAUGACCAUAUGUUGGCCAAUGGUAUUAAGCCAGAUGUUCUACUACAAAAUACGCUUGCAGAGUAUAAUCUUCAUACUCAUCUGGCAAAUAAGUUCUAUACUCCGCUGAAGGGUGUGGAGACGAGAUUAUAGCCCGUCAAUUUGUCUGGAGGAAGAAAUAGCAUUGUAUAGAACUUAUACUCCAUUUUGCAGGGAAACUGCUAUUACUGGCACCAUGGUUGCAAUGAAUUGAUUUUUGUAUAUGUAUUAAUCAUUGUAGAUUUACCUUACAUUAUUUGUUGUGAAUAUUUAUUGAUUAUAGCAUUGUAAUAUAGCAAAUUGGUGUAAAUAAACAUUAUCCUUUGUUAAUUACAUGGGACUUACUAU